AUGGAAAGUACUGAUUCAGUUUCUAAGGGUGUAUUUUUAUUUACAAAUGGAUUUAAAAAGGCGAAAAGUUUUAAGAAGAAAACGAAACCUACACUUCUCGAAACUAUGUACAAUGACCGUUGGUACAAAACAUUUAAGCACAAUUGGACCGUAAUUGAAACACAGUUACAGGACCUCCAUGAACAAACAUAUAGUGCCUUAAUAAAUGACAUUGUGCACUAUGUAAAAACAUUUAAUGAAGGAGAGGAGUUUGAUAGUUUAGAAGGUAUAAUUCCCAGUGCAACUCUGUUAACUGGUGUUAAUCAGCCUGAUCAUAUAAACCAAUUUUUAGCUCUUAUUAAUAAAAUAAGAGAAGAAAUUACACCUCAUGUGGCAAUGGUCAAUUCUCAAGAUGCUCAAACAAUAAAACAUGUGGUUGAAAGUUCUGUUUGGCAGUUAAUACAUGGACAAGAUCUAUUGGAUAACUCGGCCAAUGAAAGUAUAGAUGAUAAUAUAGAACAAAAAAAAUUGAAGAAAAAUCAAUGUACUAUGAAGACCCUUUACAAUUGGUAUCAAGCAAAAUAUAUGAAUAGAUCACCAAAGAAAACAAAACAUGCUGUUCCCAAGAACACUUUAGUUAUAAUAAUACCAGAUUUCGAGAGCUUUAAUUGUAACAUAUUGCAAGACUUUGUCAUGAUUAUAAGUUCGUACGCAAAAUCUCUACCAAUAGUAUUAAUAUUUGGAGUUGCAACAUCGGUGUCUGCACUUCACAAGUCGUUCCCGUACCAUGUCUCUUCAAAAUUAUUGAUCAAAGUCUUUCAUUCACAUCCAUCACAUGUUUACAUGAACCAAGUUUUAGAGAACAUAUUUUUAAGUCCAACAAGUUCAUUCCACUUGUCUGGUAAAGCUUUUGAAUUGCUAACAGAUGUGUUUCUGUUUUAUGAUUUCUCUGUUACAGGACUUAUUCAGAGUAUUAAGUAUUGUAUGAUAGAUCACUUCUAUGGUGAUAAUACAAAGUCCUUAUGCUGUUCUCGUAACAAAAUCGAGGACUCGGUGAAGAAUCUCACAUCAGAUGACUUGGAAAAUAUAAGACAGCUUCUAUCGUUUAGACCGUUUUUAGAAGCUCAAGAUUGUGAAACUAAAAUUGGUCUUUUCGAAGAUGAUAACUUUUUUCGAGACGUUUUGUCAAAGGAAAUGAAUAAACUCCACGACUACGUGCAUAGCUUUUAUAUGUGCAUAAGAUUGUUAUCUGCUUUUGUUAAGGAUCUACCAAAGAACAUAUUUGGGAAAACAGUGAGAGAAAUCUACGCUAAGUGUUCCUCACAAAAUAUAACGAAUACACCCGAGUUCCGGGAGUCCAUGCAACUAUUGCAGUUUCAAUCGCAAUUCAAGUUGGUUGAGAGUAUAAAGGCAGCUUUAAAGGAAAUAGCAACGUUCCAAAUAGCAUCUCCCGUGAAACCUUUACGGAGUACACCGUUGAAAAAUAAUACAAAUAUGUCUCUCAACAACGAUUUGGGUCAAGAUUUUGCCAAGAGUGUUAGAGUCCAUUUAAUGACAUUCUUAAGACAAAUCGAGAAUGCAAAUAAUGAAUCGUCCAUAUACACUCAUGUAGAGACUGAAAAUGGUAAUAUGGAUAACAUACCUGGUAAUAGGUAUAAAUUAAAAGAGAAAUUACUGAAAGCGACCAGAGUAGAGAAGAUUCAGUCAGAAUUCGAAAUGAUAAGAUCGAGAUUUGUUAGUUAUUUAGAGGAAGUUUUCGGUAAAGGACUUCUUCCGCCGCACACACAGACCUUCCACGAGAUAUUGUUCUUUAGUGACGUGUCUAAUAUAAAGAAACAAAUCGUUGGAUCUCCUCGAGGUGCCUUGCAUACAGCUUUGAGUAAUCCUAUAUAUUAUCUACAGUGUACAUGCUGUUUGUUGCCGUCAGUGGAAAGUAUAUCGGACUCGUUGCCUGAUGUAUGCAUUGCAUACAAACUUCACCGCGAGUGCGGGAAGCACAUAAAUCUGUAUGAUUGGCUUCAAGCUUUCGCUGCUGUAUUACGUCCAGACCAAGAAGACGAAGACCGAUAUGAAGAUGUUAGUGUUCAGGUUCGUUUUACGAGAGCCGUGUCGGAGCUACAGUUCCUUGGUUUUAUAAAAUCGUCUAAAAGAAAAACUGACCACGUGAUGCGUCUCACUUGG